AUGCCGGCCGUCGCCGUCGCCGCGACACCUGUUUCCGUCGAACCGUUCGUGUCCGUGGCGGAACGCCGAGACCUACUCCGUGACUGCGGGUUCUAUGUGGACCGGUUUCACAACGACACCCUCGGGCUGAUACCCCAUGACUUCGAAGUCGCCCCUUACAACACAAUAGACAAGGGAACACGUUUGAAGCAACUGCGAGAGACGAUGACGGUAGUGGUAGUGAAGAUGACAAGGCUGAUGGGCGAGCUGUGGACUGUCUUGAGAUGGAAGGCGGAUCUACGCCAAUGGAAGGACAAAGCGGAAGCGGGGGUAUGGGAGAGGCCCUUCGAAAUCAAGCCACGAUCGUAUGCAAGCCUACGAGGACUUGGUAAAGUCUCUCGAGCCCCCAAGACUAAUCCGACCAUUGCUUUCGACCGUUAUCGUACUGCACUUGGAACUAUGUACUCUCUGGCCUUGACAUGCGCGGAACACGAGUGGGGACUCCACGGUGAACGCGAGAACACCACCGGCCUCACGGUUGCAUCGCCCAUAAACGCAACCGCUGUAGCUCCAUCGGAAUGCUGCGGCUUCCCCGGGAGGCCGGUUGCCCGGAUCCCACUUGACCGUCAUACGACUUUCGCGUAUGUACAGCCUUCGCGUGCUCUGUUGACACCUGGCAUUAAUGAAUUGGUGACUGCACAGCAAGCGCAGAGGGUGGCACCCUCAAACAGGGUGGAGGCCUAUAUUGCCUCCGCCUCCACCUUCCACCCGAACCACUAA